AUGAGAACCAUAAAAAAAACAGACAAAUUUUCAACACAUCCCCCUUUUUUCAUUCCAUCAUAUAUUUUAAUCCUUCUCCCUUUUUUUUACCAAAUAUUCUGUACACAUGCGAUUCUCGGAAAACUAGAGAUUUUUCUCUCCUCUUCCUAAAACCUUCCUCGUGUUGUGUGUUUUAGUUAACCCCUUUUAUUCCCUUAGCGUGAUUAUGGCUGUCAGGGGGAUUUUUUCCGCGGUGGGCAAAUGGAAGUCGACGAGUUGUGCGGCACCCAGGGGGUUUCUGGUGCCGUCGUCGUUGACCAGCAGUGACCAACUGGAUGGUAAUCGGUCGUGGUACCAUCACAAGAUCCCAGAGAGGUUGAAACACGUGCCUGAUGCUUCAAACCCACUGUUUUUCGACAUGGUCGAGUACUUUUUCCAUCGCGGUUGGCAAGUGAUCGAGGACCAGCUGAUUGACGCCAUGGUCAAUGUGAAGGGCGUGGAUGACAACAGGAAAAUGGUCAAGGGACUGCUGACCAUCAUUCGACCCUGCGCCGCCCUGCUGGAGGUGCACUUUCCCCUGAAGCGAGAUGAUGGCAGUUACGAGAUGAUCCAGGGUUUUCGGGCACAGCACAGCCAGCACAGGCUGCCCUGCAAGGGAGGCAUCCGGUAUUCCAUGGACGUGUGUGCAGAUGAGGUGCGGGCUCUGGCAGCAUUGAUGACGUUCAAGUGCGCAGUGACUGACGUACCUUUUGGGGGUGGGAAAGCUGGACUGAGGAUUGAUCCCAAGAAGUACAGUGUUGGUGAAUUAGAACGCAUUACAAGAGGCUUCGCCAUGGAGCUCGCGAAGAAGGGCUUUCUUGGCCCGUCCAUAGACGUGCCAGCUCCCGAUAUCGGCACCGGCGAACGCGAGAUGUCCUGGAUUGCGCACACAUUCGCCCAAACUAUCGGUCAUGCGGAACUGAAUGCCGCUGCCUGUGUCACUGGCAAACCCAUCAAUCAAGGUGGUAUUCACGGUCGAGUAUCGGGCACAGGACGCGGAGUGUUCCACGCCGUAGACCAAUUCAUCAAGAACGAGCAGUGGAUGAGCCAGUGCGACUUGACCCCUGGGUGGCCGGGCAAGACUUACGUGUGUCAGGGCUUUGGUAAUGUUGGCUUCCACACAUGUCGGUACUUUUCGAGGAAGGGAGCCAAAUUGCUGGGUGUUGUGGAGUACAAUUCGGCGUUGUUCAAUAAGGACGGGAUCGACCCCGUUGACUUGAAGGAUUACGCAGACUCGAAUAAUGGCUCUAUCAAAGGGUAUCCGAAAGCUGAGGAGUCUCCCAAGGUUUAUCAUAGCGUUAAUUCAUUUUUCACGAAUGGAAAUGAUCUGAUCUACCACGAAUGUGAUAUUUUCGUCCCGGCUGCCGUGGAGCAAGUCAUCACCAAGGACAACGCCGCGAAGAUGAACUGCAAGAUGAUCGCCGAAGGAGCAAAUGGUCCUCUGACCCCGGCUGCGGACAAAAUCCUUAUUGACAAGAAAGUGCUGAUCGUGCCAGACUUAUUUUGCAACGCGGGUGGCGUGACAGUGUCCUAUUUCGAGUGGCUCAAGAACCUGAACCACGUGUCGUAUGGCAGGUUGCAUUUCAAGUACGAACGGGACUCGAACUUCCUGCUUCUCGGCUCAGUUGAAGAAAGUUUAAGAAAUAUCCUGGAAAGCGCUGGCAUAGAUUCGAAGCUUGUGAAAAUAUUGCCGACGCAUGAGUAUAUGAUGAAAAUGUCUGGAGCUAGUGAACGAGAUAUCGUGAACAGUGGGUUGGAGUAUUCCAUGGAGAGGAGCGCCAAGGCCAUUAUGAAAACCGCAUUUAAGUACAAUUUGGGCCUGGAUUUGAGAGUUGCAGCUUACGUGAACGCGAUCGAGAAGAUCUUCGACACUUACAGACAUGCCGGGCUAAUUUUGGCGACUGGUCCGUCGAAUGAGCUGAGAUUUGUUGUUCAGAAGGAUAUUGAAGUGAUCUUCUGUGUCUUUGGGGGAAGAAAAAAAAACAUGGACGAAAAUGAGGAGGCUCAGGAAGCGUUUGUGCGACAGACUGCGAGCAUGGUUCAGCUGAAAGCAGAGUUGGCUCGAAAGCAGAAGGAGGCUGAAGAACGCCGCACGGAACGAGACGUGCAGGAGCCGGACAGAUUAGCUAGGCUGAAACAACUCAGUGAAUCCAAGAAAGUGAAAAAGGCAGAGGAUUCUGGAACGGAAAAACAGUUCGACGAUGGACUGAGUUCCGAAGGAGAACAGGAUGCGAUUUCCUCGGGAGCUUACAAGAAGAAACUCGAAGAAAAAGCCCGUUUGUACGAGAGCCUGAGUAAAGAUCGAUCGACGAUUGGAGAUGAGAUCUUGUCGGAGGUUUCCCUGGUGGAUUUCGAGCGGAAAAAUAUUGAAGAUUUGCGUCACUCCCGAAGUCCGGAACGAAGAAAUGAAGCUGUGGAAGACUUGCCCUUCGUGAAGCCCGUGGAGGAGCGCAGAGGACUUUCCACCAAAGAUCGUGCUUGGGAGAACCCGAGGCAGAAGGAAGGGAGUGUUCAUUACCAGGACGUUCUUCAAGAUGAGGUUCGUGACCACGGCGUCGGUUAUUACGCCUUCUCGACGGACGAAGCCACGAGAUUGCUUCAGCAACAACGACUGGACGAGCUGCGAAGGUCUACGAAGGCUGCUCGUUCGAAAGCCGUAGACACGGCUGCGGAACGGAAACUAGCUUUGGAAGAACGCUUGCGGAAAGUGCGGCAACGGAAGCGAUUGCGGGCCGGGUUGCCCCUGACUGAAGAAGACCUAGAAGAUGCCCCCCCGAAACCCGCGGAAAUUAUCCCGACGAAGGAAGAGUCGGUUGAUGCGGAGCAAAAAGAGGAGGAGGAAGGAGAAGAGAAGGAAAGCGUUGAGAAGAAAAAGAAGAAGAUUGUGAGGCCUUGGGACUUCGGGAAGAUCGGUGUCAAGAUGGGCAUAGAGGUUCGUGACCACGGCGUCGGUUAUUACGCCUUCUCGACGGACGAAGCCACGAGAUUGCUGCAGCAACAACGACUGGACGAGCUGAGAAGGUCUACGAAGGCUGCUCGUUCGAAAGCCGUGGACACGGCUGCGGAACGGAAAUCAGCUUUGGAAGAACGUUUGCGGAAAGUGCGGCAACGGAAGCGAUUGCGGGCCGGGUUGCCCCUGACUGAAGAAGACCUAGAAGAUGCCCCCCCGAAACCCGCGGAAAUUAUCCCGACGAAGGAAGAGUCGGUUGAUGCGGAGCAAAAAGAGGAGGAGGAAGGAGAAGAGAAGGAAAGCGUUGAGAAGAAAAAGAAGAAGAUUGUGAGGCCUUGGGACUUUGGGAAGAUCGGUGUCAAGAUGGGCAUAGAAUACACUGAGAAGUGUUGGUUUCGGGAGCGACGGGAAGAAAGGUUAUCAGACUUCGCACCGCCUCCGACGUACGCAGCGGAGAAAACGGAGGGUCUCUCCAAAAAGCCGUUUUCUCGCACGAAAGAAACGCCCGAAUUCAACUCAGUGGCGCCUCCUUCGAGCUAUGCUACCGACAGACAAAAGCCUCGUUUGCCGGAUGUCCAGCAUGGGAUUGACGAAAGCUGCGACGACGACGAGAGUGAUGAGAACGAUUACGGUCCGUUGCCGGCGCCGGCGCCGAACAUGACGUUGGAGGCGGCAGCGGGAGGCGCCGAAUCGGAGGAUGCACUGGCGGCUUCGCUGGCCGCCGCGAGGAAGAAGUGGGAGCAGUCGCAUUCGACUUGAAUGUUGCUGAAACCUGCUGGUUUUUUUUUUUUUUUUCGGGUCUUGGCCGGUUUUUUUGAUAGGCUGUGAUUGUGAUAUGUGCGAUUUUUUGCAGAUGGAGUACGUUUGGGAAUGGUAGAAAAAAUUAAAAUAGUGAUG